GCCCCACCGGUGCCAGGCGAUGCCGGGAUGCCAGUGCCCGCUUGCCCACAGCGCCCUGCCCUGAGCCUGGAGCCCGGCUGUGCCAUGGAGGAUCUGGCCGGUGCCGUGACCGAGCCAUGGGCCGAGGGGCUCCACAACACCAACAACAACGCGGCCCCGGGGGGGUGGCCGGGUGCCCGCAGCGGGCACCCCCUGGCACCUUUCGGGGGUCCUGGGGCCAAGCCCAGCUACCUGGACCGCGUGGUGCUGGAGAUUGUGGAGUCGGAGCGCACCUACGCCCGCGACCUGCGCAGCAUCGUGGAGGGUUACCUGGGCAAGAUCAUCGACGCGGAGGAGCCGGUGCUGCGGCCGGAGCAGGUCAGCGCGCUCUUCGGGAACAUCGAGGACAUCUACGAGCUCAGCAGCACCCUCCUGCAGAACCUGGAGAGCUGUGCCAGUGACCCCGUGGCCGUGGCCGUGUGCUUUGUCACCCGGAGCCAGGAAUUCACCAUCUACACCCAGUACUGCAACAACUACCCCAGCUCGGUGGCAGCGCUGUCCGAGUGCAUGAGGAGCAAGGUCCAGGCGCGGUUCCUGCGGGAAUGCCAGGAGCGGCUGCGGCACGCGCUGCCCCUCGGGGCCUACCUGCUCAAGCCCGUCCAGAGGAUCCUCAAGUACCACCUGCUGCUCCAGGAGAUCGCCCGGCACUUCGAGCACAAGGCGGGGGACGACUACGAGCUGGUGCUGGAGGCCAUCGACACCAUGACCUGCGUCGCCUGGUACAUCAACGACAUGAAGCGCAAGCACGAGCACGCCAUCCGCCAGCAGGAGAUCCAGUCGCUGCUGCUGGGCUGGAAGGGGCCGGACCUGACGAGCUACGGGGAGCUGGUGCUGGAGGGCACCUUCCGGACGCAGCGGGUGCGCCACGACCGUGCCCUCUUCCUCUUCGACAAGGCCCUGCUCAUCACCAAGCGCCGCGGGGACCACUACGUGUACAAGAGCCACAUCCCGUGCUCCUCGCUGAUGCUGAUCGAGAGCACGAGGGACUCGCUGUGCUUCAGCCUGGCGCACUACAAGCACGGCAAGCAGCAGCACAGCCUGCAGGCCAAGAGUGUGGAGGAGAAGCGAAUGUGGACCCACCACAUCAAGCGGCUCAUCCUGGAGAACCACCACGCCACCAUCCCCCAGAAGGCUAAGGAAGCCAUCCUGGAGAUGGACCUGUUCUACCCCCCGCGCCUGCCCCGCUGCAGCCCCGAGCGCCUGAAGAAGAGCUGGUCCUGCCAGCCCCUGGGUGACACUGCCACCGAGCCACUCCAGGGACGCCGGCAGUCUGAGCCCUUCCAGCACCAGGAGCACAUGGAGACACUCCUGGAACGGCUGCAGGGACACGGGGGGCGCAGGCAGUCGGAGCCCUCCAAGCACAACCUGUGGCACCUGGGCGAGCAAGGGCUGAAGCAUUCUGGCAGCGACGGGGCACUCCUGGAAGGGGGGGAGCCCCCCCAGCACCCCAGAGCCUGGGCGGUGGCUGAGGGCAUGGUGAAGGAGGAAGAGGAGGAGGAGGGAGAGGAGGCUUUGGGCAAGGACUGCCAGGAAGAGCUGCCUGAGGCUGGGAAUCGACUGGUGGAGCCCCAGGAAGAGCAGGCUGUGGGGCACUCAUGGGUGCUGGAGGGACCCAAACGGCCGAGCAGCUGGGGGCCGGGGAGCUGUGAGAAGGUCAGUGCAGCCCUGCAGCCCCCACCUGGGGGUCCCCAGGGACCCAGCACCCACUCACCCGCUGGCAGCGCCGGGGAGCACCGUGAGGUGCCAGAGACACCCAAAUCCCCGUCCCCGGCGGGGCCCCCGGCGCUGCCCAGCGGGGACAGGGAGCCGGAGCGCCCUGCGGAGGAUUUGCAGGUGCUGAGCAGCGAGGAGGAGGAGGAGGAGGAACGAGCUGCCAGCAUCCUGCCGCCCUCCGUGCUGGACCAGGCCAGCGUCAUCGCCGAGCGGUUCGGCGGCGGCAGCAGCCUGUCCCGGCGGAGCAGCCUGGCACUGGAGGGGCCGCUGGGACGUGCCCCCAGCCACGGCGGCAGCACCCUCAGCCUGGACGGGGGCCCCCCGCUCGAAUCCGGGGAGCCCGGGGGCGCCUGCAGCACCAUCCCCUCGCCCGAGCCCUUCGCCAGAGCCCGCCGGGAAUCGCUGCUCUCCAACCGGGACCGCCUGCUCCUCGACAAGAUCAAGAGCUACUACGGCCACGCCGAGCACCGCGACGCCGGUUUUGGGGUGCGCCGCCGCGAGAGCCUCUCCUUCAUCCCCAAGGGGCUGGUGCGCAGCUCCGUGUCCCGCCUCAACGGGCUCCCGCGGCCCCCCGGGAGCCCCGAGCCCCCCGCGCAGCCCGAGGCGCCGGAGCCGUGCCAGGAGAACGGGGUGCAGCCCCCGGAGCCGCUGCUCAUCCUGGAGGAGGAUGAUGUGGGCGCCAGGGGGUCACCCCCGGGGCCGCCCCCCCAGCUGCUGCUGACCCCCCCUCACCUGGGCACCAAGGUGUACCAGCUGGCACGGCAGUACAGCCUCCGCAUCAAGAGCCGCCGCGCCGGCGCCCGCCGGCCCCCGCUGCCGCGGGAGGACGGGGACCCCCCUCCCAGCACGCCCUCGCCGGCUGCGCCGCGGGACGGAGGAGGGCUGGCGGUGCCCCCGUCCCCGUGUGUCCCCCGCAGCCCCUCGAGCCCCGUGGGUGCCGAGCCCUUCGCCUGGCCCGACGUGCGGGAGCUCCGUGCCCGUUUCGGCGCCCCCCGGCCCCCGCCCGUGAGCCGCAGCCGCUCGGCGCCCGAGGGUCCCGUUCGGGGCGGGCGCCCCGUCGGGAAGGAGCGCGGCGGCGGCCGGAGCCGGAGCGCCGAGGCCAACGGGGGGUCCGACAGCCGGAGUCCGGCGCCGGCGAGGCACAGCAGCGACGGGGCGCUGUGGGUGGCGGCAGAAGCCCCCCUGGGCCCCGGGCAGCGGGUGCUGGUGCUGGAGCGGCUGCCGGAGCCCCCUACGUACGUGCAGAUCCGCUCGCCCACCACCCGCGAGAAGAUCUGCCUGAAGGCGGUGGUGGAGCGCUGCAAAGCCUACCAGGCUUCCGAGGAGUACCGGCGGCGCUGCCCCGAGCCCCCCGACACCCCCGAGCCCCCCCGCCACGGCCUCGUCAGGGACCUCCGGCAGAAGUUUCAGAGCCUCGACGCUGCCAGCUAGGAGGGGGGAUGGGGAGAAGGGGCGUUCUGUGGACCCCCGGGGGAAGGAGCACCCCACGGACCCUCAGGGGAAGGAGCACCCCAUGGACCUCCAACUUACCUGGAAGAAAGGGCAAGGAGGAAACAGCCCCCCAAGUUGUUUGGGAGAAGGAGCACCCUGGAGACCUCCAAUUUGCCCAGGAGAAGGGGCACCCCAUGGAUACCCCCAGCCCUCCCGGAAGAAGGAGCACCUCAUGGACAGCGAGCGUGUCCAGGAGAUAGAGUAUCCCAUGGACCUCCAAUGUACCUGGAAGAAGGGGCACCCCACGGACAGCAAACUUGUCCAGGAGGAGUAUCCCAUGGACCCCCAACCCGUAUCCCAUGGAGGAGUAUCCCAUGGACCACCUGGAAGAAGGGGCACCCCGUGGCCCCCCAACCCACCUGGCAGAAAGAGCACCCUGGGGACCCCCAACCUACCUGGAAAAAGGGGCAGCCCACGAACCUCCCCCUGUGCCCAGGACUAGGGGUUCCCCAUGUCCC